AUGGGUUCUCUUGAUCAACCUCAGUCGAAUGGGAUUACCGCCCAAUCCCACUUCGAUGUAAUAAUCAUUGGUGGAGGUUUUGGCGGCUGCUAUUCUCUUCACAAGCUACGCAAGCUAGGAUUUUCCACCCAUUUGUUCGAAGCGGGAUAUGAGUAUGGCGGCGUCUGGCAUUGGAAUAGCUACCCCGGUGCCCGCGUUGACUCAGAGGUGCCUUACUAUCAGUUUUCUCUUCCCGAAGUCUACAAAACUUGGUCUUGGAGCCAGCGUUUCCCUGGCCACGACGAGCUGAAGCGGUACUUCAGGCACGUUGGCAAAGUCCUAGACUUAGAAAAGGAUACUAGCUUCAAGACUACGGUCAACGGGGCAGAUUUCGACGAGCGUCAUGCAAGAUGGACGAUUAGCACGAAUACCGGACUCACAGCAACGUGCAAGUAUCUGAUUCCAGCUACUGGCAACUCUUACAAGCCAUUUGUCCCGCAUAUCGAUGGGAUGGACGACUACGAAGGCCAAGUCAUUCACUCCUCAGAUUGGUCCUCAUCUCCCGUCGAAACUCAGGGAAAGAACGUCGCCAUCGUUGGAUCAGGUGCCACAGGAGUACAGCUGGUGCAAGAGAUCUCCAAGCACGCCGAGCACCUUACCGUCUACCUCCGCAACCCCAACAUCGCACUGCCUAUGAGGCAGCGCGAGCUAUCCCAGCUGGAGCAGGAUAUCCAGAAGGGCAUUUUGCGGGGUCUCUUCGAGCUGUCACGUCAGACACCGGCUGGCAUGGCUUGCGAUACUCAAGUACUGGCUUCUAGCGAUGUCGCUCAGGCGGAGAGAGAAGCCUACUGGGACGAACUCUGGUCGCGUGGCGGCUUCAGCUUUCAAGCCGCCAACUACUGCGACUUCUUGGUCGAUGCGAAAGCGAACAGAAUGAUCUACGGCUUUUGGGUCAAGAGGGUUCGCGCGAGGAUCCAUGACGCCGCGAAACGCGAGAUUGUCGCACCGUUGGAGCCGCCAUUCCCUUUCGCGACCAAGAGGAGCAGUCUUGAGCAAGACUACUAUGAAUCUCUUGAUCGAGAAAAUGUCGAAAUUGUGCCGUUGAAAAAGACGCCAAUUCGGGAGUUCUGGAAGAACGGAAUCGUUACCAGUGGCGGGGAAGAAGUCCAAAGAGAACACGACGUCGUCAUCAUGGCAACCGGGUUCGACAACAUGACUGGAAGCCUGACGAGCAUGGGCCUCAGGGGCAAGAACGGCGUUGACAUGAAAAAGCGGUGGAGAGAUGGUGUUCGGACUCAUUUGGGCAUCAUGGUUCAUGACUGUCCUAAUAUGUUCAUGGUUUUUGGGCCUCAAGCGCCCACGGCAUUUACAAACGCACCCGUGUUUAUUGAGUCCCAAGUUGACCUUAUCGCGGACUUUCUUACCAAGCUUCGAGACGCAAAGGUCGAUGCUAUCGAGCCGCGAGUUGCGGCUCAAGAACAGUGGAACGCUAUCAUUCAGGAGAUGAACGACCAUACCCUUUUCCCUCUGUGCGACUCCUGGUACAUGGGAGCGAACAUUCCUGGAAAGAAGAGGGAACAAUUGAACUACAUUGGAGGGAUGAACAAGUAUGAGGACCACGUGCGAGAAGCAUUUCAGGACUGGACUCAAUUUCACGUUGUUUGGGAAGAUGGACGUUCAGGAGCAGCUGGUGUCGGCUCAGCAGCAGUGCCUCCGUUGAGAUGA